GGGUGGGGAUUUCGGAGAAUCCGUAGGUGCGCUUGUCGUGAUCUUGCUUCGAAAGAAGUCAGGAAAAUCUCGGUGAUCGCAAAACGGCAUCGGCAUCCUUUUCGGAUCGCGCGUGGUGUUUUCUCAGCAGCAAAAGGCGAAGGAAAAAGGGCAAGAAGGAAGGGCCACCAAAGAGCGUUUUUUUUUUGUUGCGUGCGUCUUUCUGUGUGUGUAUGUGUGUGCAUGAGAAAGUGGCAGAGAGCCCGGAGGAGAAGAAAAAGAUGGGAAUGUGGGAAUGAAAACCCGCCGCGGAACCCCGCGAAGAAGCGACCGUCAAGAGGAGGAGAAGAGAAGAAGCUGGCUCACUGUCUGCUGCUGGUUCGUCCGUGUGAUACGCGUGCGUCGUGGUCCGCUCGUAUACGGUGGUGGUGUUGGUUUGAAUGCAGCUAAAAAAUCGGAACGGAACUCCUAGAAUUCUGCUGCUGGCUCCCGUGAUAUCGCGUUCUUCUGUUCCGAGAUAUCAUCGUUCGUUGCAGAGGCCGAGAUUUCGCCUUCCGCACGAAAUAGUGUGCCGCACAACGCGGGGAGUGUUUUCUGCAGAGCGCGAUCGUUUCCGGUGUGGUGUGGGUGUGUCUGAGUCUGGCGAGUCUGCUGUGUGUGUGCGCGUGUGUAUGUGCGCGUACUGUUUCCGUAGUGCUAUUCAACCUACGACAGUGAGGUGUUUGUCGCCAAGAGUGCCCUUUUUCGGCUUGUUGUGCUCCAGUUUCCCGUGACAUUUUGCUCGAUUCAAGAUCCCCCAUCGCCUGCCGCUCCACUACCGGGGAUUGGCCUGGCAUCGUCGUAUAGCGGCCUACGAUAAGCGUAGAAAGUUGGUAAACACCACAAGCACGGUUAUCCUGUUUCCUUCAAUGCGGGUUGUCAAAGAAUCGAUCUGCUCCUGGAGACCAGCGAAGUGUGUCAUUCCUCCUCCUCCGCCUCUGAUGCUACAUUGAGCGGCAUAGACACUGGCAGUGGAAGAACAACACCUCUGAACACAGAGACACGUGGUGGGAUUUGCGAGGCGAUCUUCCAUCCCAAAAACAGGAAGGUAUAGGAGCAGGAACUCUAGCCAACCAACCAUCCAGCUAGCACCGAGCCACAAAUACACACAUAUAAUUCGCCAAGAUGGGGAAGCUUCUAUCGAAGAUAUUCGGUAACAAGGAGAUGCGAAUCCUGAUGCUGGGUCUAGAUGCGGCCGGCAAAACAACUAUACUCUAUAAGCUUAAGCUAGGCCAAUCGGUAACGACAAUUCCAACGGUUGGAUUCAAUGUGGAAACCGUCACGUACAAGAACGUCAAAUUUAACGUGUGGGACGUGGGGGGACAGGACAAAAUUAGACCCCUCUGGAGGCAUUACUAUACGGGUACGCAAGGGCUAAUUUUCGUGAUCGACUGUGCGGAUCGCGACCGGAUAGACGAGGCACGCCAGGAGCUGCACCGGAUAAUAAACGAUCGUGAGAUGCGGGACGCCAUCAUACUGAUAUUUGCGAACAAACAGGACCUGCCAGAAGCAAUGAAACCUCACGAGAUUCAGGAAAAGCUCGGUCUGACACGGAUACGCGACCGGAACUGGUACGUGCAGCCAUCCUGUGCCACCACUGGCGACGGUCUGUACGAGGGUUUGACGUGGCUAACGUCGAAUCACAAGUUAUGAGAAUAAUUUCACUGACUGCCGCAGAGCAAAGGGAACGGGCGAGAGGUGGUAGCGGCGUGUUGUUUCCCUGUAGGCUAGGGAAAGGUAUGGUAGAGCGAGUGGCGGUGUGAGUGCACCUGUGUCGUGUGUCUGUGUUUGUGCGUGCAUCUGGGUGUGUGGGUGUGUGUGAAUCCUUCCUGUGUAAGAACAUUUAUUAAACGGAAAACAAAUAGGACGUGCAUAGCAGACAACAGCAGCAGGCAGGAAGAAAAUAUUAGAGACUAGACGCCGUUACACUCACUCACUCAAACGCUAUGGUGGUGUUGUAGUUGCGGACCCCGGAAAAGGCAAAAAAUGCUCAGAUUAAUUAUAUCGUCAAGGUCGAAAUCGAGGUCGAGGGUAGCGCAUAAGCAACUGUGGCCGAUGAAUUGGAAAUAAUUUCAAAUAGUUAGUUCUAUCUGAUGCGCCAUGCUGCACAAGCAGCAGAACCUGGUAUCCAGUCGAGAGGUUCCGGUUAAUAGCAACGACUGUACAGCAGAGUAGAAAAUGUAUCGCAUACAACACUUUCUCUCUAUCGACUGUCGAGUGGCCCAAAGAUCAACUAGAACCCCAGAACGAAUACACCGACCUACGGACAGCGUCGAAGGUGAGGAGAGCAUAGUUCAAUUGUGUAGAUUAUAAGGAAUGUGGUUCUCCGUGAGCAGCAGCAUCCGCCGGUAGUAUGCACUAUAUCAGAGAGAUGAAGAGGAAAUCAGGAUUAAAAAUGAAAACAGAAAAGGACAGUGAAGAAGUUCAAACUGCUGCUGUUGUAAGUAACAAAAGGGUGGGCAAAGUGUGAUAGCCGUGUCCAAGAAACGACAGAGAAAACAAUAUUGAAAUCGCUUAGCUUUUAGCGCUCUGUUCUCCGUUUGUUUUGUAAUGUAUUCCAAAAGCGCGAAACGCGAAGCCACGUGCUAAAAUGUGGCCACAACACAGUUGCAGUUAAAGAGGGUGCGAUAAGGAAAUGCACCCUUACACCAACACAGACAAACACACACAAACACAUAGACACACGCGCAUUAACAAGCGUUGCACACACUCACACAUACAAGGGGCAAAUCAGGAGGUGCUGUCCUUGGAAACAGUGAAGAAGAGAAGCGGAUGAUCGAAGGAUAGAUGGAGAGGGAUAAUUAGCAUAGCGCAAGCGUGUUUGCAUCGAUGAAUUGAAGGAAGUGGUGGAGUGCAGGGAGGCGGCUUCUUUAGUUUUUUCUUUCCCCCCUAAAAGCUGUGUCAGCUGUGUGUGUAUGUGUGGCGCGCGACCGGGGGUUUGGUUGCCUGCGAGUGAGCGACACAAAACGUUGUAAAUACUAUUGUACGGUAAAAGAGUAAUAAAUAAACAAAAGCAACAAAGUA